AUAAAUUGCACUAUAUAUGUAGAUCUAGAAAACACAUAAGAAAAAGAAAGAAAGAAAGAAAGAAGAGAAGGAGAGAUAGAGAGAAUGGAUAGAGUGGUGAAGAUGAAGAGACAGUUAAUGGAGUAUACUGCUUCCUUGUAUGAUGAUGGAUUUAUUGAUGCACAGUUUAGUCAACUUCAGCAACUUCAAGAUGAGAGUAAUCCUGAAUUUGUGUUUGAAGUUAUUUCUCUCUUCUUUGAAGACUCUGAAAGGCUCCUCAAUGAACUCUCCAAAUCUCUGAACCAACAGAAUGUGGAUUUCAAAAAGGUGGAUGCCCAUGUUCAUCAGUUCAAAGGCAGCAGCUCUAGCAUUGGAGCACACAGGGUCCAGAAAAUCUGCAUUACUUUCCGCAAUUAUUGUGAGGAACAGAAUAUACAAAGGUGUUUGAUGUGUCUCCAACAACUGAAGAACGAGUACAAUCUGGUGAAAAAUAAGCUUGAGAUUAUCUUCAAGCUGGAGCAACAGAUCAAAGCUGCUGGCGGUUCAAUUCCUUAAACCUGAUUAAGGAAGAGGAUAAGAAGAAAAAGAUGGAUUUUGUGGAUGGUGGGAUUGAGAAGAGAGCCUAAUGAGUGGUCUUCUCUAGUUUAUUUCUAUUUUUUGUAUCUUUGUUUAUUUCAGAUUUCUAAUAUUUAAUGACAUGGCCUUCAAUGAAAUCCUCAAUCUUGGUAUA